AUGGCUAUAACCAGUCGAGCCCCAUACCAUGGGGUACGUAACACCGUUCGGAUGCUGGUGAAGGACAGCGAAGGAGGAGCACCCAUGGAUCGGGCCUUCUUCAUCAAGCGGAUCCUGUUGAAGGCGUGUGGAUUUGAAACGGAGGAGAUCUAUUCUCUGCAAGAUUUCCCCAGUGCUGGAUUUUUCGAUGUGACUUUCAAGCAUGCGGCAGCUUGCGUCAAGUUCCUGAAGAUUCACACUGAUGUGAAGAAUGAGGAAGUCUCUGCUCCAGAGAUUGCUGGAUCUUUUUGGGCAGCUUUCUUUGAGUUCAGCAAUAACAAAUACUAUAGUGCGAUAAUGAGACUCCAUGGCUGCAUCAGCAACCCUGUCUCCAUGGCAAUUAUCCAGCUUGCCCUACUUAUUUCCACCUGCUUCAAUCAAAUACCUCGUCAAACUGUGAAUCCGCUAAUAGAGAACUCCCCAUUCAGUGCUGUGUGGAAUGCGCCCAUUGAACUGUGUGAGACCAAAUUUAGAGUUACUGUAGACCUGAGUCUUUUUGAAAUCAUCGGUAGCCCAUUAGAAACUAUUACAGGACAGCCCAUUACGAUAUUCUACCACACCAGGCUUGGUUAUUACCCAUAUUACGAUGAUUUAACUGGAGAGUCGUUUAAUGGUGGUAUUCCCCAGCUGGCACCCUUAGAUCUUCACUAUGCGAAGAUAGUAGAAGACAUUCAACACUACAUCCCUUCAAAAGUGGUUCCUGGAAUUGCAGUCAUAAACUGGGAAAACUGGAGGCCUCAGUGGAUAAGAAACUGGGACCUGAAAGAUAUUUACAGAAUAAAAUCUGUCGCGCUGGUUAAGCAACUAAACCAGUCGUUAAAUAUGAGUGACAUGAUUGUGAUUGCCAAGAAUGAAUUUGAAGAGCAGGCAAAAGACCUAAUGUUAAAAACUUUAAAAUUAGGGAAGUUAUUAAGACCAAACAACCUCUGGGGUUUUUACUUAUAUCCAGAUUGUUACAAUUACAACUACAAGGAUAAAACCAUUAACUACACAGGGAGUUGUCCUGACAUUGAAGUAGCAAGAAAUAAUGAGCUUCUCUGGCUGUGGAAUGAAAGCACAGCAUUGUUUCCUUCCAUCUACCUGCAGACAAUGCUGCAGGCUUCAGUCGCUGCAGCUAAGUUUGUGCGUCACCGUGUUCAGGAAGCAAAGCGGGUCGCGUUGCUUUCCAGUCAGAAAUACACACCGCCUCUGUACGUUUACACCCGGCCAGUGUUCACCGAUGCUGCUACCGAAUACCUGUCUGAGAUUGAUCUUGUUCAUACAAUUGGGGAAAGUGCUGCUCUGGGAACAGCUGGAUUCAUUAUUUGGGGCAGUUUAAGUAUGACUGAAACAGAGAAAGCUGCCAUACAGAGAUUGGGUGUUACUUCACAAGUUUUCAGGCCGUCAAGAACUGUGCAGGUCAGCAUGCUCCUGAGGCCUUCAGUUGGGUACUGCCAAAUCGGACGUAAGUAGGCCACGCCCCUGUUUUACAGCACCAACUUCCGUAAAUC